AAUCCGAAGAGGAAAUUGCUCCCGUCGAUCCGAAUAUAAAGACCUCUUUGGUUCCACGCCCCACCAUCACCAUCUUCAUCCUGCUCGCAAGAUACCAUGAAACUAUCCUUUUCUCUUUCAUCAUCAAAACCCCCAAAACCCACCUUAAAAUCUUCCGGAGAUCAAUCAUCGUCGUCUGUGAAAAGAGAAUUCGUCACAGAAUUCGAUCCAUCCAAAACCCUAGCCGAUUCCAAUUCCAAAACCCAUGUUAUUGCUCCGAUUUCCAACGAAUGGAGACCUCAGAAGAAGAUGAGGAUAAUCGAUCUGCCCGUCAAAUCCGACGACCCCAAUCUCGAGUUCGAAGUCGUCGACUCUGCCGUCGAGCCCACCGACCCUAACAUCACUUAUGGUCUCAAUCUUCGUGCCAAGAAAGAAUCCGAUCCCGAUCCGGAACCGAAACCCGACAGAUUUCAAUCGACUUCUUCGAUUGACAACUUGAUGUUAAACAAGUUGAAAAACGAUCUAGACAGGUUGCCGGAGGAUAGAGGAAUGGAUGAGUUUCAAGACGUACCUGUGGAGGACUUUGCAGCUGCUUUGUUAAAAGGUUAUGGAUGGUAUGAAGGAAGAGGCAUAGGAAAGAACGCUAAAGAGGAUGUUAAGGUUGUAGAAUAUAAGAGAAGAGCUGGGAAAGAAGGGCUAGGGUUUGUUGAUGAUCUCCCCGUUCCUCCAACCAAUGAUAGCAAUAACAGAGCUGCAAAUACCAAACAAGAAGGUGUUAGUAAUGGGGAAAGACGACAGAAGAUCCAUGUGGGAAAGGAUGUUAGGGUAGUGGGAGGGAAUGAAGCUGGAUUGAGAGGUAGGAUUGUGGAAGUGAUUGCGGGUGGUGAUCAGGUUAUUUUGAAGCUUUCAAGAAGCCAGGAGGAGGUUAUUGUUCAUGCCCGAGAUGUUGCUGAUUUAGGUUCUGUUGAAGAAGAGAGAUGCUUAAAGAAGCUUAAAGAGAUUAGCAUAAGGGGAAAGGAGCAGGGGUCGAGUAGAGGUGACAGAAAGAGUAAAGAUUCAGCGGGUAGUCGUAAUGAUAGUAAAAGGAGUCUGGAAAUACACGAAAUCAGUGCGAGUUCUUCGGUGUCUUGGUUAAACAGUCACAUUAGAGUUAGAAUUAUCAGUAAGGAGGUAAAAAGAGGGAGAUUGUAUCUGCAGAAGGGUGUGAUUGUGGAUGUUGUAGGUCCAACUACUUGUGAUAUUUCUAUGGACAAUAGUAGGGAGCUUAUUCAAGGGGUGGAACAAGAUUUUCUUGAAACUGCACUCCCUCGGCGUGGUGGACCUGUUCUUGUUUUGUAUGGUAGGCAUAAGGGUGUUUAUGGGAGUUUACAGAAGAAGGAUAUGGAUAACGAAACCGCAGUUGUUCGUGAUGCAGACACACAUGCCUUACUUAAUGUACGAUUAGAGCAAAUCGCUGAAUAUGUUGGUGAUCCUGAUGAUAUUGGAUACUGAUUUGAUGUCACUUUUCAGGAUAUGGAAGAGAUGUGAAACAUUGUUAGACUUCCCCUUUACAACAUUAGUCUUUUUCCAGCAUAGUUUGACAUAUUUCUGGCCCUGGGCAGCUAUUAUUGAUGUAAACCUCAUUUGCAUAGACGAUAAACUACAAAUCAGUAACAAUGAAGUCCCUUUUCAUUAUUGAAAUGUCAAUUAUUCAACUGAUGGGUAUCUAACAUGUAGAUUCUAAAGUUCCAUGUUGACCAAAAACAUCACAGACAGACCAAGUGAAGCAAGGUUUCCAGGGCUACUUUGACCAAAAUGGUUAUAGGAUGUUAGAAAUUGAAGACUUUAAUAAAGUCAUUUUUAUUGAGGCUAAAUGCAAAUUACUUGGUCUCU